CCACCUCCCUCCCCGGCCCGCUUAACAUCCCCCGGGCCAGCCGCGGGAACAGCAGCGCGAACCGAGCCCGGAGCGGUGCCGGGGCUGAGCUGCGAGCCGGGACAGCAGCAGGGCCACCAGCGUGUCCCCAUCGUGUCCCCAGCGCCGUGCCAGGGCUGAGCUCCGAACAGGGACAGCAGCGCGAACCCAGAGCCGGGGCUGAACUGCGAACCGGGACAGCAGCAGGGCCACCAGCGUGUCCCCAUCGUGGUGUCCAGGCUGAGCUCCGAGCCGGGCCACCAGCGUGUCCCCAGCGUGUCCCCAGCGCGGUUCCCGUCCCCACGAUGCUGCGGCUGCUCCUUCUCGCCGGGAUCCUGGGCUGCGGGGCUGAGCAGGCAGCUCCGCUCGCCUUCACCAUGCUGCAGCUGACCCGCGUCUACCAGGGCAAUUCCAUAUUCCGGGGGAACGCCAGCCUGAAUGGGCAGCUCAGCCAUGUCCUGGAAGGGAAUAAUGUCACUCAGGUGAUCCCGCUGGAGUCCCCGGACGCCUGGGCCCGGCGGCAGGACGAGGUGAUCGCCUACCUGAGGAACUUCAGGCAGCUGGUGAUGCUCUUCAACAAGGAGAGACCCACUGACUUCACCCAUCACCUGUGCUGCCACCUCGGCUGCCGCCUCUACCCCAACGGCACGGCCCAGAGCUUCUACGAGGUGACCCUCAACAGGACGGCGUUCCUGAGCUUCCAUGUCCCCAGCGCCACCUGGGAGCGGCGCUGGCCCGGAGAGCUCCCGGUGGCCGCCUUUGCACAGGCACAGCUGAUGAAAUACCCCAUAACCACGCAGGACCUGCAGUAUUUCCUCAACACCACCUGUGUCAACCUCCUGCAGGCUCAGAGCGCCAGGACAGGAAGAGUCAGCGGCCGAUCGCGCACCCCGCUGGUGCUGGGGCUGGUGCUGGGCAGCCUCGGCCUGCUGGGCAUGGCCCUGGGCAUCUUCCUGUGCACGGGAGGGAGCUGCUAGCUGGGCAGCUGUCCCAUGUCACCCCAAGGACACCGGGGAUGGACCUGUCAUCUCCUCGUGCAGCCAUCAGCACCCUGUGGAGUCAGGAAUGGAUCCAUCAUCUUCCCAAGGAUCAAGAAACUCUCCAUGGAUCCAUCAUCUCCCUGUGGAGACAGGGAUGGAUCCACCAUGUCCCUGUGGAGAUAGGGAUGGAUCCAUCAUCACCCUGGGGAGGCAGGGAUGGAUCCAUCAUCUUGUCAAGGAUCCAGCAACUGUCCAUGGAUCCAUCAUCUCCCUGUGGAGACAAGGAUGGAUCUGUUCUGUCAUCUUGUCAAGGAUCCAGCAACUCUCCAUGGAUCCAUCAUCAGCCUGGGGAGGCAGGGAUGGGUCCAUCAUCCCUGCAUAGAGACAGAGGGGAUGAAAGCCCAUCAGGGGACCAAGCCCAUCCCUGACAAGGGAUACAUGUCCCCAUUGCCGCAGGCUUUGCUCCCCAAGGACACCAGUGGCUUCCCAGUCCUGUCCCUGCUGGGCUGACCUCUCCAGCAGCCCCCAGCCCUAUGGAUGGUCCUCACUUCAGGCAAUGCACUGAGGCUCCACACAGAAACAUUGGGCAUGGAUGGGAAAAUGGCGGGGGAGAGGCAUGGGGGAAAGCAGCAGGAGGAACAGCCAUGGAAUGGAUAAAAGGAUGGUGUUAAACCCUCAUUCAUCCCUGUUCUAGUGGGGAUGGAGGGAGGAUGUCACACCUUGUGUAAUAAAACCACCCGUCAUCUCCCACCACA